UGCUUGAGCGAAAUGCAGGCUGAAGGAGAGACGCAUCAAUUUGAGAAAGGGGAACAAUGUAGAGAGGAAGAGGUAUAAUUAUCAGGAAAACAGACUCAUGCACAUCUGUGAAUAUGAGUGAAGCCUUUCAUACCGUGAUGAUGGGGCUAUAUGGCUUUAUAAAAGAGUACUUUAAUGGUUUCUGGGACUAUGAGACCCCCAAGGUGAUGGUAGUGAAAAACAGGACACUUGGAGUCAUUUACAGGGGUGUCCAGACUCUUGUGAUCACCUAUUUCAUUUGGUAUGUUUUUAUAAGCCAGAAAGCAUACCAAGAGAGUGAAACUCGUCCAGAAAGCUCUGUUUACACCCUCAUGAAAGGCUCGGCAGCACACGGAGAUGAUAUUCUGGACACUGUGGAGUACGCUCGACCCCCAGAGGGUGGUGAUGUAAUCAGCACAUUACUAAGAAGAGAAUUCACUUAUGAUCAGAGACAAGACACCUGCGCUGAGUAUUUCAAAGUUGCUAACGCGAACUGUACAACAGACUCUGACUGUGUGGAAGGGGAGGUUGACUUCGAUGGACAUGGCAGGAGAACUGGCAGAUGUAUUCAGUACUACAACUAUACUUUCAAAACCUGUGAGAUCCAAACCUGGUGUCCUAUUGAAGAAUAUGCUGUUGUGCGAGAACCACCAUUAGUGGAGGCUGUUAAUUUCACAGUGUUCAUCAGGAACUCUAUCCACUUCCCCAAAUUUAAAGUGCUGAGAGGAAACAUAAAAGAUGCCUCACACAAGCGCAAAAUUAAGAGGUACCUAAAAGCCUGUCAUUACGAUGAGGAGAAGGAGCCCUACUGUCCAAACUUCCGCCUGGGCUACAUCGCAAAUCAAGCAAGAGAGAAUUUCACUGAGCUCUGCAGAACUGGAGGAGUUAUUGGGGUUUUCAUAAACUGGGAUUGUAACCUGGAUCUGGAUCCUUCUCACUGUAAACCUACAUAUUCAUUUCGUCGUCUCGAUGUUCGAAAGGAUGAUGAUAAUUCUGGUUACUACUACAGAUUUGCAAAAUAUUACAGUCAGAAUGGUGUUGAGACGCGGACUCUCAUCAAGGCCUAUGGCAUCCGUUUAGAUAUCAUUGUUCAUGGACAUGCUGGUAAAUUUAGUCCCAUUCCAACCAUCAUCAGCACCGUAACUGCUAUGACCUCUGUUGGGAUUUGUACGAUCAUUUGCGACUGGAUCAUGUUGACAUUUAUUGACAAGAAUGAAGUCUACAGUGACAGAAAGUUUGAUGAAGUGAUGAAGGAGCCGGAGGAUCCCCUUCCCACGGAGCUCAGCUACAUGAGCAGUUACGGCUCCAACCACUCGGACCUGUCAGACGGGGUACCACUCUGAUGCAUUCAGGGAUGCUUCAGUUCUUACUGGCCAAGUUCCCAAAUUCUCCUCCUUCACCCGACGGUCUCAACAACAGCAGCUCUGAGUGCUUUCUAAGGUGUCUGGAUCAGGACUGAUGCAGGGGAUAAACCGAAAGAGGACUGAAUCACCAUGGGAAACCUUAAAGGCAACCAACUCUCUUCCUACGCUGACUGAAAACCUCCAUGAACUGUCAAUGGUUUAUUAAUACAAUUAAACUUGGUUUCUCCUUAAAAUCAGAAUAUGCUAACACUAUGUACAGGAUGUGUUUAUUUUGUCUUAAUGAAAAAAAGUAACGAAAGAGUUUCAUAUUACAAAAAAUAUGCGAAAAUUACAUUUACAAACCAUACAUGCUAUAAGUGUACUUCAAUCCAAUAAUAAAUGUUAAUCAUUCUUGUCAUUAGCUUUAACAUCA